CGUGGCAUUUUUUUCCGUCUCAGUCGGUUUCGACGACGUGUUGUAGGAUUGCGGAUGGACGAAGACGCUUUCUUAUAAUUCCCCAGUAAAAUCUCGACACCCCCGAAUUUCGUUGUGACCAGUGAGACACCACAAUGCCGGCGUAUUUCCAGAGACCGGAGAACGCUCUGAAGAGAGCUAACGAGUUCCUCGAAGUUGGUAAAAAGCAGCCUGCUCUUGACGUCCUUUACGAUGUCAUCAAGAGCAAAAAGCAUCGAACAUGGCAGAAGAUUCACGAGCCCAUCAUGCUCAAGUACCUGGAGCUCUGCGUGGACCUGCGCAAGAGCCAUCUGGCCAAGGAGGGCCUUUACCAGUACAAGAACAUCUGUCAGCAGGUGAAUAUCAAAUCCCUUGAGGAUGUGGUUCGUGCCUACCUGAAACUCGCAGAGGAGAAGACCGAGACUGCCAAAGGGGAGUCUCAGCAAAUGGUGUUGGAUAUCGAGGAUCUGGAUAACAUUCAGACCCCAGAGAGUGUGCUGUUGAGCGCUGUGAGUGGAGAGGACACUCAGGAUCGUACUGAUCGUUUGCUGCUCACUCCUUGGGUGAAAUUCUUGUGGGAGUCUUAUCGCCAGUGUCUGGACCUGCUGAGGAACAACUCCAAAGUGGAGCGUCUUUACCAUGACAUUGCGCAGCAAGCUUUCAAGUUCUGCCUGCAGUACACUCGCAAGGCAGAGUUCCGUAAAUUGUGCGAUAACUUGCGCAUGCACCUUGGACAGAUCCAGAGGCACCAUAACCAGAGCACAGCCAUCAAUUUAAACAACCCCGAAAGCCAGUCGAUGCAUCUGGAGACUCGGUUGGUGCAGCUGGACAGUGCUAUCAGCAUGGAGCUCUGGCAGGAAGCUUUUAAGGCAGUGGAGGACAUCCACGGUCUGUUUGCCCUCUCCAAGAAACCCCCCAAACCUCAACUGAUGGCAAACUAUUAUACCAAGGUGUCCACUGUGUUCUGGAAGUCUGGUAAUGCGCUUUUCCAUGCCUGCACACUGCACCGCCUAUACCAUCUCUCCAGAGAAAUGAGGAAGAAUCUCACCCAGGAGGAAAUGCAGAGGAUGUCGACUCGUGUGAUUUUGGCCACUCUGUCUAUCCCCAUAACCCCGGAGCGCACUGAUAUCGCACGUUUGUUGGACAUGGACGGGAUUAUUGGGGAGAAGCAACGCAGACUGGCCACUUUGCUCGGCCUGCAGUCGCCACCCACCCGCAAGAGCCUCAUCAACGAUAUGGUGAGGUUCAAUUUACUCCAGUACAUCAGCUCUGAUGUUAAAGAGCUGUACAGCUGGCUGGAGGUCGACUUCGACCCCCUCAAACUAUGUGCACGUGUCACCAAGGUUCUGGACUGGGUCAGGGAUCAGGCAGAGAAUGAGCCUGACCUGCAGCAGUACAUUCCUCACUUACAGAACAACACCAUCCUUAGACUUCUGCAGCAGGUGGCUCAGAUCUAUCAGAGUAUCGAGUUCAGCCGGCUGGCCUCUCUUGUGCCGUUUGUGGAUGCCUUCCAGCUGGAGCGCGCCAUCGUCGAUGCUGCACGUCACUGUGACCUGCAGGUCCGUAUGGACCAUACGUCCAGAACCUUAAGCUUUGGCUCGAAUCUGAACUACUCUACUAAAGAGGACGCCCCAGUGGGACCUUUCCUGCAGAACAUGCCUUCUGCACAGAUCCGUAACCAGCUCACGGCCAUGUCUUCUGUUCUGGCCAAAUCCAUUCAGAUCAUCAAACCCCCCUCCAUUCUGCAAGAACGAGAGGAGCAGAGUCAGCUGGCCAUCACUGCCUACCUUAAAAAUACCCGUAAGGAACAUCAGCGCAUCCUGGCUCGCCGCCAGACCAUCGAGGAGCGCAAGGAACGUCUGGAGAGCCUGAACAUCCAGCGUGAGAAAGAGGAGCUGGAGCAGCGUGAGGCCGAGCUCCAGAAGGUGCGCAAGGCAGAGGAGGAGCGCCUGCGCCAAGAGGCCAAGGAGAGGGAAAAAGAGCGCAUCAUGCAGGAGCACGAGCAGAUCAAAAAGAAGACCGUGCGUGAACGCCUCGAGCAAAUCAAGAAGACCGAGCUGGGAGCCAAAGCAUUUAAAGACAUUGAUAUUGAGGACCUGGAGGAGUUGGACCCUGAUUUCAUCAUGGCCAAACAGGUGGAGCAGCUUGAAAAAGAGAAGAAAGAGCUGCAGGAGCGCUUAAAGAAUCAGGAGAAAAAGAUCGACUACUUUGAAAGGGCGAAACGGUUAGAGGAAAUCCCCCUGAUUAAAAAAGCCUAUGAAGAGCAGCGCCUCAAAGACAUGGAGCUGUGGGAGCUCCAGGAGGAGGAGAGGAUCAGCAACAUGAAAGUGGAGCGUGAGAAGGCUCUCGAGCACAAAAUGAGGAUGUCCAGGAUGAUCGAGGAUAAGGAGAACUUUGUGUCAAAAAUAACAGCUGCACGAAGCUUCAUUUACGAGGAAAAACUGAAGCAGUUCCAAGAGCGCUUGGUUGAGGAGAGGAAGAAGCGUCUCGAAGAGCGCAGGAAGCAGCGCAAGGAGGAGCGACGAAAUACUUUUUAUCGCCAGAAGGAGGAGGAGGCUCAGAGGAUCGAGGAGGAACAGCUGAAAAAGGAGCGUGAGGAGCGUGAGCGUCAGGAACAGGAGCAGAGGGAGGAGGAGGAGCGCGAGUACCAGGAGCGCCUGCGCAAGCUGGAGGAACAGGAGAAGAAGCAGCGAGCCAGGCAGCAGGAAAUUGAGGAGCGUGAACGCCGCAAGGAGGAGGAGACACGAAAACCCCAGGAGGAGAAGUCUAGCAAAGACUGGGCUGAAAAGGAGAGUGAGAGUGGCUGGAGGAGGCAACUUUUAAACAGGGAAUGGCGUCAGGAAGGCCGCGAAGAUAAUGAGCGUGAGGAGCGCGAGCCUCCCUUCAGAAGAAGUGGAGAGGGUCCCCGAAGAGGCCCUUCAGAUGACCGGGGCCUUCGUAGGGGCUUUGAUGAUGACCGUGGACCCAGAAGAGGGUUUGAUGAUGAUCGCGGUCCCAGGCGUGGCUUUGAUGAGGACCGUGGACCCAGAAGAGGUUUUGAUGAUGAUCGCGGUCCCAGGCGUGGCUUUGAUGAGGACCGUGGUCCCAGGAGAGACGAAGAGCGUGGGCCUCGACGCGGUAUGGACGAUGAUCGUGGACCUAGAAAGGAAUAUGAUGAUGAUCGUGUGCUUCGGCGGGGCAUGGACGAGCCUAGAAGCUCCAGACGUGGUGCUGACGACGACUGGGGUCCUAGGAGAGGUGGCGGCGGUGAAUAUGAAAGAGGAGGCAGGAGAGGCGGCGACGACUCCAGUACUUGGAAACCUUUGGGCAGAUCAGGUGGAUGGAGAGAGAGAGAGAAGGCCCGUGAAGAGAGCUGGGGUCCUCCACGUGACUCUGGUGCUCGUGAGGAUGAUCAUGAAGAAGAGAAGCAGCAUGAUGGAGAUCGUUUCGGAGAGCGUCGUCCCCCCAGGGAGGAAAAUGCCUGGAGAAGAGGCGGAUCUGAUGAACCCAGCAGAUGGCGUGAUAGUCGGCGUGAUGACUUUGAUCGCGACGAUCGGCGUGACCGAAGUGACAUCAGAGAUCGCCGAGACGAUCGUGAUCACAAGCCCUUAAAUCGAGAAAACGAUGGAGGCGGAUCCUGGCGCCGUGGUGGAGAAGACCGUCAGGACGACCGUAAGGAAGACCGUGACGGUCCUUCGAGACCUCGUGACCGCGAUGGGGAGCAAAGCUCAUGGCGCUCCGAGAAAGAAAAAGACAUCCCACGUCGUACAAAGAACGAGACCGACAAUGACGGCUGGACCACAGUGCGACGCUAAACUGUCUUUUAAUACUAACUAACUAUUAAUAAAGGCAUUUGCUUAUGAAA